AAUAAAUUGAGGUUAUUUAAUUUCAGUUUGUAUGUUACAUACAGACGGCAAAAAUUUGUAGAAGUUCUAUUAGUUUCUAUAGUAAUUUUUUUAUUAAUCAUGGAUACAUCCAAUAUAAUCAACAUAAUCGAUGACACUGUCGUAAAAAAUGGAAUUUUAAUUCUUUUAUGGCUUGAAUUCAUGUGGGAGACUUAUCUUUCAAUCAGACAGUUCAAAAAGGCUCAAUCGGCUACUGAGGUUCCAGAAGUUCUUAGAAAAGUCGUGAAUAAAGAUGAAUUCGAAAAAGCCCGGCAGUAUUCAUUGGCAAAACUUAAAUUUGGAUUCGUGAAAGAUACUCAUGGAAUAAUUAUAACUUCGCUCAUAAUAUACUAUGGGAUUUUAGCAUAUUUCUGGGAUUUUUCAGAUUCCGUAAAUCCAGUGAAAGGAGAAGUUACCACUAGUUGUAUAUGGUUGUUUGUUGUGACACUCGUUUCCACUAUAAUUGAUUUACCUUUAACAAUUUACCACACUUUUGUAUUAGAGGAAAAGUUUGGUUUCAACAAGCAAACUGCUGGUUUCUUCGUUUGGGACAAAGUUAAAGCGUUCUUUGUCAACCAGAUAAUUACUUUAUCCAUAUCCUCCCUUAUAAUUGUUAUUAUAAAAAGCGGAGGGCCGUACUUCUUCAUAUGGUUGUGGCUGGUCGUUUGCAUCAUUUCCAUGAUUCUAUUAACAAUUUACCCAGCAGUUAUUGCUCCACUUUUCGACAAAUAUACACCUCUUCCAGAAGGCAAGCUCCGUAGCGAAAUCGAAGCUCUAGCUUCUCAGCUUAAGUUUCCUCUGACUCAAUUGUACGUGGUAGAAGGCUCAAAGCGAUCCUCUCACAGUAACGCAUAUUUCUAUGGAUUGUUCAAUUCAAAGAGGAUCGUACUUUUCGAUACAUUACUAGCAAAGGAUGACGGCACUGGUUGUCAAGAUGACGAAAUUUUAGCCGUUUUGUCCCACGAAUUGGGACAUUGGAGCCACAGUCAUAUUAUAAAAAACCUGGUUUUAAUGCAGAUCAAUUUGUUCUUGAUGUUCCUAGGCUUCUCCGUUCUGUUCAAAUACCCGCCUCUGUACGAAGCCUUAGGAUUUUACAAUGUUAAGCCUGUUUUAGUAGGACUGUUUGUUGUAUGCACAUAUGUUAUGAUACCGUACAACACGCUCCUCAGUUUCUUAAUGACUUGCUUGUCGAGAAGGUUUGAAUUCCAGGCAGAUAACUUUGCAGUUAGAUUAGGGAAAUCUGAACCACUGGAGAGAGCUCUUUUGAAAUUAAACAAGGAUAAUCUAGGAUUUCCUAUCAAUGAUCGACUUUACUCGGCUUGGUAUCAUUCCCAUCCUCCUUUACUAGAACGAAUUUCAGUUUUACGUGAAAGCGGUGGCAAAACAAAAUAGACUGACGUUUACAGCUUCUUAAGAUACUUUGUUUAAAAUUUGUACGAGCAACUUGUCCUUAUAUCAAUUACACAACUAUUUGUAAUAUAAUUUACAUUGAAGAAGUAA